UCGUGGAACUCACAGCCCACAUUUUCUUCUACUGCAGCACUCCACCCUUCCUGCGGCGGCCAUAUUACUUGUGAGGUGUCAUUCAACGUGACGGAUAGAGGUGUGUGUUCUUAUGAGAAGUAGCGCGCAUACGCAUGUAAUUGGGUCACGGAGUUACUGAUUGUGAAUAGUAGUGUUUUUGUUUCUGUAUUUGCGGUUCAGAAAAUCUGCCAAGAUGCCGAAGUCGAUGAACGUGCGCGUGACGACGAUGGACGCGGAGCUGGAGUUCUCCAUCCAGCAGACGACGACCGGCAAGCAACUCUUCGACCAAGUGGUGAAGACCAUCGGCCUUCGGGAGGUGUGGUUCUUCGGCCUGCAGUACACAGACAGCAAGGGCGAUCUCACCUGGAUCAAACUCUACAAGAAGGUGAUGAGCCAAGAUGUAAAGAAGGAGAAUCCUCUACAGUUCAAGUUCCGUGCCAAAUUUUACCCCGAAGAUGUUGCUGAAGAGCUUAUUCAGGAUAUCACACUUAGGCUUUUUUAUCUCCAGGUGAAGAAUUCCAUCCUUUCUGAUGAAAUAUAUUGCCCUCCUGAAACGUCAGUUUUAUUAGCAUCGUAUGCAGUCCAAGCCAGGCAUGGUGACUACAACAAAGUUGUCCACACAUCAGGUUUCUUAACAAAUGAUCGUCUGUUGCCUCAGCGAGUUAUGGAUCAGCAUAAAAUGUCAAGAGAGGAAUGGGAACAAAGCAUUACUACAUGGUGGAAUGAACAUAAAGGAAUGUUGCGAGAAGAUUCAAUGAUGGAAUAUUUGAAGAUAGCUCAGGAUUUGGAAAUGUACGGAGUAAAUUACUUUGAAAUUCGCAACAAGAAAGGAACAGAUCUUUGGCUUGGUGUAGAUGCAUUGGGUCUGAAUAUAUAUGAACAAGAUGAUAAGCUUACACCCAAAAUUGGUUUUCCAUGGUCUGAGAUACGUAAUAUCUCCUUCAACGAUAGAAAAUUUGUCAUCAAACCUAUUGAUAAGAAAGCACCCGACUUUGUUUUCUUGGCUCCAAGAGUCCGUAUUAACAAAAGAAUCUUAGCCCUUUGCAUGGGCAACCAUGAAUUGUAUAUGAGGCGAAGGAAACCUGACACUAUUGAUGUUCAGCAAAUGAAGGCACAAGCUCGAGAAGAAAAGAUUGCAAAACAGCAACAGAGAGAAAAGUUGCAGUUAGAAAUUGCAGCUAGAGAACGAGCAGAAAAGAAGCAGCAAGAAUAUGAGGAACGCUUACGCUCCAUGCAAGAGGAAAUGGAGAAACGCCAACAUGAUCUUCAGGAAGCACAAGACAUGAUUCGCCGUCUGGAGGAACAAUUGAAACAAUUACAAGCAGCCAAGGAGGAGCUGGAGACCCGACAGGGUGAAUUACAGGCAAUGAUGGAAAGAUUGGAGGAAAGCAAGAAUAUGGAGGCUGCAGAGCGUGCUAAAUUAGAAGAGGAGAUCCGUAGUAAACAAGAAGAAGUAAUGAGAAUACAGACAGAAGUUGAUCAAAAGGAUGAAGAAACUAGGCGUCUUCAGGCGGAAGUCGAAGAAGCAAGACGGCUACAACAAGAGGCGGAGGUUGAAGAAGCAAGACGGAAACAAGAGGAAGUAAACCAGGCUCUUCUGGCAGCCACCACCACACCCCAGCACCAUCAUGUGGAGGAAAAUGAGCAUGAUGAAGAUGAUGAGAUGGUAAAUGGUGAUGUCAGCAGAGACUUGGCUACUGAUGACAAUAUUGUUGAUCCAGUUGAAGAAAGACGGACAUUAGCUGAACGAAAUGAGCGUUUAUACGAUCAGUUAAAGGCAUUGAAACAAGAUUUGGCUCAGUCAAGAGAUGAAACAAAAGAAACUGCUAUGGACAAGAUUCAUCGCGAAAAUGUUCGUCAAGGGCGAGAUAAAUAUAAAACCCUGCGUGAAAUUCGCAAAGGUAACACGAAGCGACGAGUAGACCAGUUUGAAAACAUGUAAUAUGAAAAUAGUUUUCCACUUCUGCUUUUGUGAGGAGCCAAGUGUUGUGGUUGGUUACACAGAAAAGUUCAGAAGUUCAGAAGUUAAUGCCAGACUUUGUCUAUAUAUUUGCAUGAGUCAUUUGUUAAUUGGUUAUCUAGAUCAAAAUAUAAUGUUUCAUUUUUGAUAUAUGAUAACUGAAGUGAAAUUACUGUAUUGUUAACAAAUGACAUUUUUAUAGAAAUAUGCAAACAUAAACAUUACAUGCAAUCAGUGAAGUCCUAAUGGCUUAUUAAGUGGUGGCAGAUGGCUCGGUGCAUUAGCAAGAGAAUGGUGUAAUAGGAGUGGACAUAUCUUAUAUAUUAAUUGCAAAUUGUGGCCUUGGUAUGUUUAACUUAAUGUCUUUUUCUAUUGAAGAAGAAAGUGUUAAAGACUGUAUGAAAGGUGUAUUGGUUGAUAUUGUUAACUAGAGAAAAUACAGGGCAUUUUAUGUAAAUUUAAAUACAUAUUGAUCAGAGUUAUUGUUCAGCAAGAACUUUAGUUUGUACUGUUGAAACCUGAUUGAAUCAAGAAGUAAAAUAUUCUGCACAAUACAAAUGUGCAAUUUCUGUUAAGUUGUGAAAGAAUGAUUUUUCUUCAUUGCCCUGUUUUUUCUUUUGUUUUGAUAUUUAUGCUGGAAAUCAGGCUUCAAAAGUCAUUGAUGGUUUGGAAAUGGUAACUUAUGCAAGAAGUGCAGAAGGGGGAAGUACUGUGUUUAUUUUUAAUAUUGAAUGUAUGCAAACUGCCAACUUAAGAAUUCCCCCUUCUGAAAUAAUUCAAUCUAAUUUGAUAUACUCAUCAUUCACAUAUAUUGCAUAAGGGUCAUCUUAUCCAUAGCAUUCCAGAUUAUUUGAUUCUCUUUCAAGACUUCAUUUUUUUGCCUGUAAUAGGUACUGAGUUAUGAAAUUUUAUAUGUAGUAUCUAAUUAUUCUGUAGUUCUUUCUGCUGCAUUUAUCUUGUUGCUUGUUUUUAUGCAUUUGUCCUGUUAAUUACAUAAAGAAUAUAUUUUUGGAUGCUUACAAAAUAAUCAGGUUAAACAGUGCCAUCUACAUCAUUCUUCCAGGACUUCCAUCUUACUAUACUGUCCCAUCACCUAUGUAGGUAAUACGAGUAAUACUUAUUGGUGCUUAAAAUUGUACAUAGAUUUGCAGUCAUGUUGGUGCAAAGAAGCAAUUUCUUCCCUUUUCAUUCAUUAAACAUUCAUUCACAAAUAAACUCAACAACUUUGUUGAUAAUUGACUAUUUCAAUGAAGCAGUUAUAUAGGUAUUUAUAUAAGUGGUUAAAUCUUUAUGAACAACCAUGUUGCCUUGUAGAAGAACUUAAUGAAUUGUCUAAAAUAAUGCUGCAUACACCUUAAAAUACAAACAGUCCUUAGUAUUGAAAAGAGCAGCAUGUUGUGUUUGGAAAAUUUUGAAAAAAUAUAUUUAUGAUUAAAUAAAAUUUAGUUUGGGUGAUACAUUGAGUGUAAAUUUAUAAAUGAGAGAUCUUGAGAAUAUUAUUAUUUUCAAAACAUUUUCUGAGAAUCUUUCAGAUGUGUAGCAAUAGUGAGCACUGAAUUAUUUUGAAAUAUAUUGAUAUUCAAUGUGUACAUAAAAAAAGUGAAGAAUAGUCAUAUAUGCAGCUUAUUUUGGACAUUGUACAUAGCAGUAAGGGAUAGUUUGCUGUUAUUGGUACUUACGUGAAGAAAUGUUGAUUGAAGUUUGCUCAUGAAAUUUUGGGAAGUAAAACGGAAAGGAUUUAAACACAUCAGGAAGAUUGCAGUUGUGAUCAUUACUACUUUGUGCCAAUAGUAGUAAACCUCAACCUUUGUGCCUGCUGUAUAUUGUCUCAUGAGGAGAUUUUGAUUUUGCAUUUUGAAACUAUAAUUGUGUGCAGCAGGAGUCUGCCACUGUAAGAUCAGCAAUUCAUACUUACCUGUUCCUGUUGAAAAGUUUGUUAACAAAUGAAAAUGCUAGUUUUAUAUUGGCUUCAACCAUUAUAAAUAAAAACUAUGAUACUAAAGAAUUUUGAUCGACAUCUUAGCAAGUAGUUCAAUUCUGUUAUCUUUUUUUUUGGUAUGGGAUUAUAUGUAGCACUAUGAAAAUAAUACACCAUCCCUGCAACUUUUAACAUUUAGAUUAAGCAGUGUCAAUAUUGGCCAUUUGUACUAAUUUCAUGUGAUUUUUGGAAUUGUGGUUAAACUGUAAUACAAAAGCAAAAAAGUGCAAAAUUUACAGGAAAGAAUAAGAGAUUAGUUUUUUUAUAGUACUUCCUGUAUAGAGAUAGGGAUAUUGAAAAAUAAAGUAUUUGAUCUUAAUGUUGUCCAU